UUCAUCUGCGAUCACAAUGUAUUGUGGCACUGGUAGUUUGUGGAGCUAUACUCUUAUCGUCACUUCUAUCUGUGCAACAAAAGGCAAGGUCAUCGUAUAUCCGAGAAUGCUGCAAAGCCGAUCAGACGAUAGCGUAAAAAUCCUAAAGAUAAAUGAAGACAUUACGCUAAACUUACGGAAAAGCUCUGUGUUUUCGGAGGAAAUUUUCAUCCACACAACUAAGGAUGGAGAACCCAUAUCAUAUCACAUGCACGGGGCCGAACUGGAAAAAACACUAUAUGAUGACAGUGACCAGAUGGCAGCUGUACACGUCACUGAAGAGGAUGGCUUGAGUGUAGAAGGCGUCCUCGGCGACACGUUACGCAUCAAACCUUUGGAAGGCAUGGAGAGAUCACUGGAUGGACGAAUAGCUCAUGAGCUGUAUGAAAUUCCUGACCAAGAGAUUAAAAAACUUCUGAACACUGAAUACUCGAUGCCACCGAAUAUUACUGCAGAAAACUAUGGAGCGGAGGCCCGAAUAGACUGGUACAAAGCACCACGUUUGCCUUUGCGGAUUCGACCAGAAGUUCAUGUUGUUUUUGAUUACUUCAUAAGCAAGGCACUGGGAUUCAUUGAAAAGAAAGUUGCACGAUACGUGGCCAUUUUGACGGCUUCGGCCAAUUUGCGUUAUCGAAGCAUUGUGCAACCAAGGGUUCAGUUGGCAAUUACCGGAAUCACUGUGACAAAAACGCUAGAAGAGGAGCCCUAUAUGGUUCAUGUUCCUGGAUAUGAGGCUACACGCAAUAUUCUUCAUGUAGAAACUCGAGCCAAGUUCAACGAGCAUGUAAAGAAGCAAACGUAUUUUGACAAGACCGAUAUUGUUUUUCUUGUAACAGGAUUAAAUUUGUCUGAAUGGGAAGGUAGUACUUUACAACAUUGGGUCGGAGGAUCUGCGUAUCUUGGAGCAGUUUGCACACAAUGGAAAGUGGGGCUAUCUGAAGAACGAGUCGGCAGUUUUUAUGGCGUCUACGUCUUUGCACAUGAGAUUGCACACAGUCUCGGCUGUGCACACGAUGGGGAAGAUGCUUACAAAUGGCCUUAUGGUCAUAUUGGAUCCAAAGAUUGUGACUGGAAUAUUGGCUACAUCAUGAGUUAUGCGUUUAAAAAGCCAUAUCUGUACCAGUUUUCUCCCUGCUGCCAGCGGGAAAUUAUGAAUUUCUACAACCGCCCAGAAUAUGGAUGUCUUCUUGUCAAAAACAGCAUUAAAACUGGAAUAUUUUCGACCAAACUACCUGGCAGUGUCUCAAGUCGGCAGGUUUACUGUGAGAAAGUAUACUAUGGCUACACCCACGUUAAGGUCGACCGGUCUUACAAGGGACAAGUGUGCAUGGUGAAAUGCAUUGUAAACAGAGAAGGGGAGAGCUGGUAUAUUUCGGCCGUCGAUGGCGUAACAUGUGGCCAUAAAAAGAUCUGUGUUCUAGGAAAUUGCACUUCCAAAGCAGAACUGAAGAAAGCCGAAUGAAGUAAUAACCCAUCAAGUAUUUUGCAAGAUAUUGCGAGGGGUGUUGCGCAUCAAUAAAAAGGCCUAAUUCU